UUAUUAUAUCCUCAAGAAAUCGAUAGAUGUUUUCUCUUAAUUAACGCAAGGAAGACUAAUGAAGAUUAAGGAAAGAUUACACUACGCAAUUAAGAAAUGAUAUGUAACAGAAUUGCCAAUGAAAAUUAUUUUGGUUGUACAAAAAUUUACAGUGGAAAGAGUUGAUGCAAUAUUCCAGGAAUAUUAAAUAAACAGUCUUGUGUUUCUAAUAAGAAGUUACCAUGGAUAAGGAGGAUUUGGAAGACUUUAGAGAAGCUAUUGUGAAGAUGUCAGACGACGACGAAACAAAAAUAGAUACUGAGGAGAAUCGAGAAAAACUGCUCGAAGAGUAUCAACAAGAAGCAUCACAGCUUGAACAAGAGAAUAAUACAUUAAGAAUGAAAAAUACUAUUCUUUUGAAUUCGGUAGACCACGAAGAACAAGAAGAAGAUAAGACUGACUACUUAGCUCCAGCAGAGAGUUCGGGAUUUAAUAUGAAAAGCAAAGUCGACGCAUCUGAGCCAGAAGAUAUCGUAAAUAGUCACGACAAAGACGACUUGUCGUCUAUUUUUUCUGAGGAUGAAGAGGAUCUGAGGUCUCUUAUCGAGGGAAACGAUACCAUCAAGAAUGCUCUCAAAAAUCUUAGGAAAGAAAGAGACUUUUGGAUAACAGAUACUGCAAGUGAGACAUCUGAUGAUGGAGAUACAUCGGUGAGUGCUCGAAGUCUGCGCGACUCCUCUAUAGACAAAAUACAAAUAAGUAAGCUCUUGGCUGAUAAGGAGUUUCUUGAAUUAAAGCUCAGCCAAGUUACACAAGAAAAAGACGAAACUCAGACAAAGUUAAGAUACUUGGAGAAAGAUAUCGUACCUGGAGCUAAGAGGUACAGAGAAUCGCCAGAGAACAAAAGUACAAGCCCCUUGCAGACUGCGCUUUCCGGCAGCAACAUGCGAGCUUCAAUAGAAGAUCUCCAAAACACAAGAAAAAACCCCAGAGAGCAUUCAAAGCCACAUGCCCAUCGACACAAACACAAAAUGCACUCUUUGAAAUCGAGAAUGAGUGAUGAUGAACUUUUAACCUUUUUGAAAUCAAGAAGUAUUUCACCACAGUUGGUGAAAGGUUACGAAAAUGACAUUGCUUUGCUAGCAGAGGAGAAUGAAAAACUGGGCGAGAUUAUCGACCACUUGCAUAUUACUCCUGACAAUGACCAGACUCCCAGGCUCGAUCCCAUGGAAGCGUUUAUGGAUGCUUUUGAAAACCGUGUGCCCAAGGAGGAGUACCUUCGUUUGGAGAACGAGAAGACAAAAUUGGAGCAUGCUUUACGGGAAAAGGAAAGGCAGAUUAAAGAGAGAGACCGAAUCAUCGAAGAAAGCAAGUUUGAUUACGAAGACGAGCUGAAGCUUCUAAAAGAGACUUUGAAACGAAUGGAAGAAAAGAUGAGAGAAAAAGCACGAGAGGUAAAUGAAUAUGAAAUCCAGAUCAUUGAAUUAAAAAGCUCCUUUCAAGACCAACUUGCAAACCUCGAAAACGAGCUCUCGAUGGAGAACGAGCAAAAGAUGAGGCUGGAUGAGAUCAACUUGGACCUUGCUAACAUCAACAAAAAGUUCCAAAAGGAAAUAGAAGACCUCAGGAACAACAUUGCAAAACUUCAAGCUAGAGAAAAAGAAAUACAAAAAAGGUACAGCAACGAUUUACGAAUGUUAGAGGAGAAGUUCCUAAAUGAAAGCCGUGAAAAAUCUCAUCUCAGUGGAAAUCUCGAGGGAUUAAUGUCUGAUUUGAUGGUUUUGAAAAACAAACUUUUGGAAGAAAGUGACAAAACGGGAAAAAUGAGAGAAGGGUUCGAGAAAGAGCGUUCAGCUUUAGGUGGAGCACCUCUUCCUAGUAGUCGCAAGCAUGGUAAGUUGGCAAUUGGAAUUAGCUUGAAACAUCACUUGACGCCAGAAAGCGAUAGUCAAACUGCUAUGAAUGCCGAAGCUCUUCCUCUUUCCACUAUUAAUCAUAUGGAACCAAAUGGUCCAAGUUUGCAAAAACAGGAAGCGUGCGAAUUUCCGCAAGAUGUUAGCAAGUAUGAAGUCAUCAUAGAGGAACAAAAGGAGAAGAUACAAGCUUUAGAGAAAAUUGUCGAAGAUCUUAAGAGUAGUGAGCAGGAAAAGCAGUUUCCUGAUGAAGGUAAAGCUAAAGAAGUUCAGAAUGCGGACAUUGGCAGCAACAAUAACAACAACAAAGGCUCACAGCCAGUAUCAGCCUUGAAACACGAAAUUGACCAGCUUGAAGAUGAAAAUUUAUAUCUCAAACAAAAAUUAGAGGAUUUYGGAAAAGAGAGAGCGAGAAGAAGAGAAUUGGAGGAGAAAAACGAAGAGUUGCAGGAAGAAAUAAGCCAAAUGGCUAGAAAACGAAAUGAUCUGCAACGAAAACAAGAAAUAAUGAAUAAUGAAAUUGAAGGAAUGAACGAAAAAGUGGAGGAAUUGGAAAAGAGUAAUGCUCGAUUAACUAAAGAAGCAGACCGUUUGACAAAUCGGAUCAAGGAAAUGGAGGAAAGCUUUAAUGAAGAAAAGGCUUCUUUAACAUCAACAUUUGAAAAGCAGAAAGAAAUGUCAGAGAAGGAGCUUAACCAAGCCCUCGAGAAAGAGCGAGAAAGGUAUAAAGAAAUGGAAGACGAGGUUGAGAAAAUGAGAGAAGAAGUAUCGUCUCUGUUGGCUCAAAUUAAAGACAUGGAAAACAAACAUGAUAAAGAACUGGAGAAAAGUAAUGCCGAGGUUGAAAAAGAGAGAGAGAAAGUCUGCCAACUGGAAGGCGAAGUGAAGAAAAAUGAAGAUGCUGUAAGAAAAUUGACAGAAGAAUGGGAUAAAAUGCUAAAGAACACGGCCCAAAAGUAUGAGGAAGAAUUGAGACAAUCAGAAGAAGAGAUUAAAAGACUCAUGAAAAAUCAAAGACCAGAAGUGGCCACUAAAACUCCAGGUCAAGAUCAAAGCUUCAAUAACAACCUUGAAGACUUUCAUAAACCUACCGAUAUAGCUGUAGACAAUGCUUAUAUUACUAGUUCAAUGCCUGACAAUCUUCCGUCGGUUCAUAGACAAUCAGAAAAUCUGGUGAGGGAAAAACCAUUUGUACAAGAUGACAUUCCAUUACCUGGGGAACAAGCUAGCUACGUAGAAAGUAAAGUGCCUCUCAAUGAAGUAUUUCCAGAAGAUAAAAGAGAGCCACGAAAAGAUAAACCUGUUUCUGUAGUUAGCAAAGUUAUAACUGAGAAUAGGCCUGAUCAUCAGAGAUUCCAACCUGCUAAUGGAAUCGAAUUCGAAUACACGUCCACGAUGCCGAAUUUGCAGAUACAGGUAGAACUUGAAGACAAGCCAGAAGUCGGUAAUAGAGGUAGCCACAAUCAAAUCAGAAACGACAACGAUGGGAUGAUUAAGAAGCUCGAGGAAGAAAAGACUGAGCUACGAAAUGCCCUGAAUCAAAACCUAAAUGAAAUUCAAAACUUAUCAGGAAAAAUAAGCCAACUUGAGCAGCAGCUGCUAAUUAAAAACCAGGAACUUGCAUCACUUGCAGAAAAAGAUAGGAAUGCAAAUAAUAUUUUAAAGAGCAAGUUGGAAGAGAAUUCAAAGUAUUACCAAGGAAUGCUAGAAAAUCUGAAAGAAAAACUUCAGAAUGAAAGGAAAGAACUGGAGGAAAGGUUGAGCAAGGAAAGUGAAGAAAUGCAGCGAACGAUGAAAGAGGAGUUCCAGAGGAAUUUAUCUUCAAAAAGUUCGGUUUUGGAGAACAAGAUACACGAUCUUGUAGCUGAAAAGGUGCGUGGUUACAAAGACCAAAUACAAAAACUGGAGCUGUCGGUGCAGAACGAAAAAGAUAAACUUACCGAGUUUCAAAAGAACAAAGAUGAGACUACGAAGAGACUUGAAAGAGAAAAGAAAUUGUUAAGAGUCACUAUUGACGCGUUGACUAAAGAGCUCAACAAAGCAAAACAAGAUAAGAAAGACGUUAAGAAAGAAUACAAGAAAGCAAAAGCAGGGAUGCAAAAAGCGUCAGAAGAAGAAAGAAAGGUAUUCAAUGAGACUCUCGAGAAGGCGAAAGAGGUUCAAAACCUGAAAAUCGAGGAAGAGCUAAGAGCCAAGUAUAGAAUAGACGUAGAAAAGUACGAACAAAAGCUUGAGGCGAUGAAUGAUGAGAUACAAGAGUAUGAUAGUAAAAUGGAAGAAAUGACUGUCAAGUUUAAAGAAGAAAAAUACAAGCUUGAACAUGACUUGCAAGAUGCAAAUUUAGAAUUGGAGAAUGUCAAAGCGAACCAGAAAGAAUUCCAGAGCUCGUUGGAGGAAGAAUAUCGCCGAAAACUUCGUAAAGAAAAAGAAAACAUCGAGAGUACAUUGGAGAGUCUACGGCAGGAGAUUACAAGACUACGAGAACAUAGAAUGCAGUUAGAAUCUCAGCUUCAGCAACAUGCACAGUACAAAACCGAUAAGGAUCUUGGGUAUAAUAAGGCCCAUGCUCAAAGUGCCGAGGCUAUGCUCAACAACAAGGAGAUCUUUAACCGUAUUGAAAAUGAGUAUCAGAACCAACUCCAGAAAGAAAAGGAAUAUUACGAAACCAAGAUAAAGAAAUUGGAGAAGGAUUAUGAGGGCUUGAAUGAAGAGAUGUCUAACCUAAAGACAAAGUACCGCCAAGAAAGAGUAUUAUUGAAGACGGAAUUUGAGAGAGAAAGGCGAGAGAUGGAAGAAAGAUUUGAAGAAGAGAAAAGAGAUCUUCAGGGAUCGAUGCAAAUGAGAAUGCAAGGCUUGAGAGACCCAAGGAUGAGCCAACAUCUUGAUCGUGGUGGUAACAUGUUCCUAAGGAAUAGAAGACUUCAGUCAGAAGUUGAUGUUCUGCAAGAGAAGAUAUCACGACUCGAAGGCCUGUCACCAAGGCUGAUUGACAUGGCUCAACAUUCUCCCAUAUAUUGUGGUUCAAAUAACGUGACAUCUGUACGCUCCUCAUCACACAGUUACCAGUCACAACUGGGUGUUCACAGUUCUACAAUGGGACGUUCCUCAAAUUUGUAUCAGAACGACAGAGCGAACGAACAAAUGAUGCAAUCCUCUAAUAGAGGUGAUCUACAUACACAGUACUCCGGGAUGUACGUUAAUAAUCAACAAGAAACCCUUCAAGAAAGGCCAAACAGUAUUCAACAGCCAGUUUCAAAUUCCUCCAUGAUGCACAGUGAUGUGCCUGUUGUAAGUGAGAGUCAACAAGCCAGCAUGGUUAGCCCUGAGAGUAACCAUGCUGGAGGACAGGCUGAUGUGCAGUCUAGUCCUACUGACCUGGAACUGUCCAGUUUUGCUGACACUCCAAACGCACAACAGUAUGGCAUGACUAGCAAUGAAGGAAUGGUAGAAACGUUACAUGAUUCUGAUGACAGUGGCCUGCCACUUUCUCUUAAUCAUUAUGGUAUUCUCGCCAAGAUGACCGAAUCAAAGGAUAGACAAGAAUACAUCCUCGAAAGUUCUGAUGAAGAUACGGAUCAGACUGUCCACCAAGAUGGGGCUGCAGAGGAAAGUUACCGACGAGAGAUCGAAGAUAUUGUAAAGGGUUUUAUAUUAGAGAAAGAUCUAAUGUCUCAAGGUCAUGAAGAAGAGGUGAUCCGAAUGAAAGAAAGCUUCCAAAGGGAGAAAGUUGAUUUAUUGAGACAUUUGGAAGAAGAAAGAGAAGCUCUUAGGCAAAACUCGAGAAUGACUUCGGUAACAAGUAAUGAGGCAGGAUAUGCUUCGGGAUCACAUGCCGAGUCUGAAGCUUUCAAUUUCUACUCAGGUGAAUUAGCAAGCCCAAAAAGACAAGCAGCCAGUCUCAGCUCCGCGGCCGGUGAUGUUGAUAAUAAUUUAAUUAAAGAAAUAGCAGAGGUAUAUCUUAGAAUGAAUGAUGGAAUAAUAACUAGUAGAAUCAGACCUGACUUGGACAUCGAGGACAAGUUUGAGCGAGAGAGAGAAAUAUUAGAAAGGAAAUUUGUAGCUGAGAAGAGAGAAAUGAAGCGCAAAUUAGAAGAUGAUUUUAAUCAUAAGUUGGAGCAAGAGAAGAAUAGGUACGAAGGACAAAUUCAGGAAUUAAAGACAGCGAUAACGGAUUUGCAAUGGCAGAAAAGAGAGCUUGAAAGUCGAAACAGAAACGAGAAGGAAAAGAACGAAAUCACCUUUGAAAGAGAAAGAAAUGAACUGGAAAAACGACAAUUGCAAGCAAUUCAUGAGGUGAAAAGAAAGCUGGAGGAGAAGUAUUCGACAGAUAUUUCCAGGCAAAAAGAUAAAUACGAAGAAAAUAUAACAGAGCUCCAAGAUGAUAUACACAAAUUGACAACCCAAUUGAGAGAAUUAAACGAAAACCUAAGGCAGGAAAAAGAGAUAAUUGUUGGCAAAUUUGAAAGGGAAAUUAAAGAAAUGGAGAAAACCUUUUCAGAUCAGAGAAACACUUUAAAGAUAAGCCUUGAAUCGGAGUUUGCACUAAAGUUGGAGAACGAAACAUCACUUUUGAAAAGUGUAAACAAAAAACUCCAAGAUGAUUUUGAAUAUUUGGAGCGAGAGAAAAAGGAGGCAGAGAGAAAACAGAAAGAAGAAAGAAGGAAACUCGAGGAGCAUUACGAGAUGGAGAUUUCUGAAAUGGAAAAGAGGCACGCAGAAGAAAAACGAAAUGUGAAGUUGAAGAUUGAGGAACGUUAUCAACAAAUCAUGACUAAUGAGCAAACGUCUGUAGAAGUGACUAUUAAUGAGCUUCGUGAAGAAGUGAUGCUACUGAGACAGGAGAAUUCUCAGAUAGAUUCUGCUUUCAGUGAAAGAAACGAAGAACUCCGUCUGCAACUGAAUAUGGAAAGAGAAGAAUACAAAAAGAAAUUGGAAAACGAGAAAGAAGAUCUGAUGGCUCGCUUGGAGAACGAAUUCCAUCAAAAGAUGUUAAACGAGAAUACCGGUCACUUCGAGUUGGUUCAACAACUGGAUCGGGAUCUUGGAAUAAUGAGGGCAAGAUACGCUGAACUAGAAGGAAAUCUGAUGACAAUCCGCCAAGAGAGAGACAUACUUGCGAGAGAAAGAGAAGAAAUGCAACGAAAAUUCAUGACGAUAGAAUUUGAGCUGGAAAAAAGGGCAAAUUCUACGCGACCAGAAUUCCAAAACGAUGAAGGGGGUGAUCUUGAGAAGCUUAAAGAUGUAAUCCGAAAGAAAGACCAAGAGAUUUCGUCUGCAAAUUUGCAAAGAGAACAGACUGAAAUUGCUAUAUCAGCUUUGAGGAGAGAGAAAAUGGAUUUGGAAGACGAAAUAGCAAAUUUAAAAAGAAAAGCAUCUUCUACUGUGAUCAAAGAAGAGCCAAAGCCUGAAAGACCAAGCGUCGAUAACAGUGCGUUGGUAUCUCUACAAGAAAAUGUUAGGCGCAAAGAUGAAGAAAUGCAGCAUUUGAAACGAGAAAAGUUUGAUCUCGAUUCCCGAUUAACUUCACUUCAGAGAAAGAACGAAGAAAUGGAAGAUGAAUUGUCAGCCUUAAGGCGAAAGAAACUUGAAGUUGAAGACGAGAUUUCCUCGAUCAAGAGAGACAAAUCAGACUCCGAUAAUCAGAUUAGUGUACUAAGAAGAGAAAAAAUGGAUCUCGAAGAGCAGAUAGGCGCACUUAAAAAGAAACAAGCAGAAUUGGAAGACAAUCUGUCAGCGUUUGCGAGAGAAAAGAUGAACAUGGAGCAUGAAAUUACACUACUUAAGCGAACCAUUGACAACUUGGAGGAAGAGGUGAGGAUACUGAAACAGAAGCUGACAAAUAAUGAACAGCCAAGUGGGGUCCAUCCAGCACGAGGAAAUAGAACACAAAGAAUUGGUAUGAAUCCAGAUUUGAAAAGAAAAUAUGGUGACAAUUUCUAUGACARCGAAGGUGAAAUAACACGACAGAAUGCAGAGACAGUCUGCGAUAAAUUAGACCAAGAACUUGACGUUUUCAAUACCUCAACACGAAGUAUAGAGAACGACUUUGAUGAGCUUGUGCGACAAAAUCGGGAGCUCGAAGCAACAGUACAACGUCUUGAAGAAAACAAAGCUGAUCUGGAAAGAGACAUUGCCAAGUUAAAGCACCAAAACGACUCGGCAACAGUCACAGCUAACCAGAAGGAAAACAUGGACAGUAAGAUUGCAAGUCUUAAAGAAGAUUAUCUUGACUUAGAAAACCGCAUCUUGAAACUCCGUCGAGAAGAGAGCGGUCUGGAGGGGCACAUCGAAGAUCUUAAAAACAAUGAACAAGAUUUGAAGAAGGACAUAAAUGAUUUGAACAUUGAAGAAAAAAGGCUGCGCAAAGAUAUCGAAAGAUUUCAGGAUGAAAAAGAAAGAUUAAAAAACACUAUCAAAGAUAUACAACAGCAAGGACAAGGAAGUGGUCAACAAGAGAACGGAAGACGAAUAACAGGAAUCUCACAAGUCAGUAUUGAAAGAGUACGAAAACAUGAAAGCAAGGACCACGAGCUGGCAGAGCUUCGAAAGGAGAGAGAUAGUUUGAAAAAAGAAAUAGAAGUGCUUAAAAAGAACCUUGGGAGUAAUAACUUCAAUCAAAACCAGAAAUCCAAGAAAAAUGAUAACUCCAAUAACAUGGUGAGCUACUCCAAGGAAAUGAAUGAAAUUGAGAGAAACGAAGUCGUUACGUUGAAGAAAGAAAGACUGCAACUCGAGAAAUCCGUAGCUGCUUUGCAUAGGCAAAAAACCGAAAUAGAUACAGAAAUUACGGUCAAACUGGAAACAAAGAAAAGAGAAGAAAACGACUUAAGCUCCCUUCGACGAGAGAAGAUGGAGCUUGACAUAUUAGUUACGACAUUAUCGAGCAAGAAGACAAGACUGGAGGCAGAGCUUUCUGUAACGAAGGACGAGAAGAAAAAAGAUGAUGCCACGAUUGAUAACCUUCGUAGAGAAAAACACGAGAUUGAGAGACAGUACUACGAUUUGCAAAGCAAGAAAAUGAAAAUGGAAAAUGAUUUUUCUGCGACGGAGCAAGCGUGGAAGAACAAGGAUAACUCAUUAUCAGAUUGGCAUCGUUCUGAUAUCCUGAAAAUUGAAAAUGACCUCAAGGAUUUGAAACAGCAGCGUACGGAAAUAGAGUUGGAAAUAAAGAGAUUGCAGUCAGUAAAAAACAAAGAGGAACAUGAAUUGAAUGUAUUGAGAAAACAAAUGAAGGAUUUACAGUCCCAAAUUUCUGAAUCAGUGAGGGUAGCAGAACAAGUCAAUAGUCUAUCAACAACUAUAGUAAACAGAGAUAUUGAUGACCAAGCAUGGACGCAGACAGAUGGUGCAAAUCAAGAGUCCCCUAGAAAAGAUCCAAACCAAUUCAAGCAUCCUACAAGGCCCAGAAUACGAACAAGUAUUGAGAUACCUUAUCUAGGAACCCGAUCUAGAAGUCCAGAUGGCAGAGCGAGGAGCUUUGAUACAAGUGGGAGUUUUCUAAUCCCACCAACUCAAACCGAUACACAAGAUUCAAAAAGAGAUCACAAUUCUGGGAGACCAUCUGAGGAAAGGGUUGAUGGAGAAAGAGGCUACACACGAGGCUACUUCGUAAAGUUUUCUGCUGAUGGUAACGUAACAACGUUUACCGGUCCAAAUGGUCCCUCUUUUGACAACAGCAAUCCUCAAACAAAUGGAUACGUCUUAGAUGAAAGAAAUAGUAGAACCGUACAUGAUAAUACACAUCGAUAUCCAGGAUCAAAUUUCCGAAGAAAUGAAGGUCCAGCUGACUCAUUUAACAACUACGGCAGACAAGAAGGCUUUCCUCAACAAAUGGAAGACAUCAGUGGAAGUCGACGCGAACAGCCAAAUCAAAAUGGCUGCUACUAUUGUUCAUCUUCGUCUACUGGGAAUGGAAAAUUUAAAGAAAAUAAUGAUACCACGUACUUGCGUAGGGAGAGACGUGAACUUGAGAUUCAGAUAAUCGAGAUGAGAGAAGAACUGAAGAAACUACAAGCUAACGUGACCGAACUUGAAAAUGUUAAAAUCGUGAGAGAAACAUUUAAUGGCCAAAGUGAGGUAGCUGAUAGACAACACGAAGAGGAGUUCAAGAAAGAAAUAGUUCGUGAAAAGUAUGAGGAAAGGAAUGAUAACCUUAGACAAGAAUACGAGAAACAAAUUGAAGAACUAACGGUACAGAAUACGGAACUGAAACAAAAGGUUGGGUUACUUGAAUGGCAGGUUGAGAACACCAAGCAGAAAAUGGAAAUUCAAGAAAUGAGUUUUAGAAGAGAAUUGAGCGAAAUAAAAGAAAAGUAUUCAUUGUCUUCGGGAGAUUCAAUUACUUCUAACGUUGAAGUACAGUCAGACAACAGCAAGCUGAAGGAGUUCUACCAACAUCUGAGCUAUGUUUUAGAUAGAAAUAUCAGCAGUGAAGAGAUGCUCAGGGAAAUACGGACGGCAACAAGGGAGCUGCAGCAUCACAAGGCUGUCAAUGCUGGUCAUGAUAAUUCCAAUGCAAAUGUCAGCUGUAACCAAACUUCGUACACUUACAAAGAGAAAAUGAAUACAACAAAUACUGGAGUAGAUAAAGAUGAAGCCAAGUCAGCCAGGGAGUAUGCAAAUCAACUCAGAAUACAGUUGGAAAUCGCAGACACCCAGCUUAAAACGUGCGAGAAAAUAAUUCACCGUCUGUACGCAGAAAACAGUGAUCUAAACAAGCUUGUUCUCAAGCUCGAAGGGAAACUAAAAUCAGUUUCAAGGUCCACUGAAAAGCUGCAAAGAAAACGUGCUUUGUUACAGAAGCUUGUAGAGAAGUUAAGCGGCCAUGUUGGCAAGGAACAGCUUCGUCAAGCUUACUUAGUAUUAGAACUUGAUCGAGAUGUUGCCAUCUAGAUCAAAACUAGAUUAAUAUAUACAAAAUUUGUAUAAAAGGUGAACAAUAUACAAUGAGCAUGCAAGUGACUUGUUGAAACUGAUUUAUCUGAUUUUUUAUUUUCCGAGAGAAAAAAUAAUAAUUGACAAUUAAAAUUUGACAAAAUAAAUCAGUGAUUCAAAUAAACAAAAUUGACUGUAUAAAGUGAUACUAUGAAAAAAGCUUUUAAAAUGUAAAAAUUUGAACCAUUCACUUCAGAAACCGCAGUUCUGGCAUGCAGAUUUUUGAUGCGUGCCUUUCACAUGUACUAUUUUCCCGCCAUUUUUCAAACAUGUCGUCCUUGUACUUUAUUAACAGCUCUCCUAAGCAGCUUUUUAACUCGAUCUAUUAUGCGAAUUCUAUUAUAUAGCUAUUCUUUUUUCAAAGCAUUUCCAUGUAAAUUUAUUUGUUUUAUUAUAUUAUAUAUACCAAAGUAGUUAGCAUCUGACUCAGUUGAUAUAGGGUAGUUGGAAAGGAAUUUUACCUUUCAAGCAUAUUAAACUCGAGGAUUAUUAUUGAUAGGUAUCAAUUCUAAAUAUUAAUUGUAAUAGCAAAUUUAAUCUAUUUAUAUAUCUCAAGAGAUUGUACAGUUUGUAGCAAAUUGAAUUUUAAAUUCACCCUUUUAUGAGAUUUUGUAACAAAAUUAACAUUGUAUUCAUUUUAAGAUACUGAAAAUGUUUAUAAUACAGUGGCAGAUCCAGGAUUUUGUUCAGGGAGGGGUGCUGUGCACAAUGUUAACCCAGGAAGGGGUGCACCCCUUAGAAUGAAAGGCAAAAUUCAAAAUUGGUUAUCUUUGAAGUAGAGYGCAAAGUGUAACCAGGGAGGGGUGCGCACCCCUGCACCCCUCCCCUGGAUCCGCCCCUCUAAUAGGAUAACUUCUCAUUGUAUGAUAUUAAACUUAACAAAAUUUGUGUGUA